GCAGGCAGAUGAGUUAGUUUCAUUUGCAAAGGUUGAGUGUUGCAAUAUUUUCCUCACUGCAUGCUAGUGAACAAAGUGAAAGAGAAGAGAAGAUGUCCAGGCAAGGACCCCUCUGCCUGCUCACCUGCAUGGCAGCCAUGGCUGUCUCUUCAAUGGCUUUCAACAUCGAUGAAGCAAACCCAAAACUCUACAAAGGGGAGGAACAGGAUUUCUUUGGAUACAAAGUCCUGCAAUUCAUAUCUGGCAAGGAGAAAGGGGUAAUGGUCAGUGCGCCAUAUCAGAAGAAUGGAUCUGGUGGAAUCUGUAGAUGUGCUCAAGACCGAACAAACUGUACAGACUGUUACACUCCUCAAGAAACUGACACAAUCAAGUACAUUGGACUGUCUAUGGUUGCACAACCUACUUCUCCUCCAACGUUCACUGCCUGCAGCCCUGGCCUGGCACACGAGUGUGAUGGGAACUCCUAUCUGAACAGUAUCUGUUAUCAGUUCAACAGCCAGCUCCAGAUCACCUCGAACUUUACACCUGCUUUCCAAGAAUGUACUAAGAAAAUAGUGGACCUCGUUUUCCUCUUUGACGGAUCAGCAAGCAUGACAACGGAAGAAUUUAAUGAGAACAAAGGUUUCAUAAACAAUAUCAUGACAACCCUAAAAAACUCCUCAAUUAAGUUCGCAGCGGUUCAGUUCUCAUCAAACACCAGGACAGUUUUCAACUUCAGAGACUACCAAGAGGGGAGAGCCUUGACACAACUUUGGAAAGAAGAGCACAUGGCUGAUCUAACCAACACACAUAAGGCAAUAGACUUUGUCUUGAAAAACAUUUUUGAAAACCAAGCUGCCGGCGCCACCGCAGAUGCAACUAAAGUACUGGUCAUAAUAACAGAUGGAAAUCCCAGCGAUACUGAUAAAAGGUUCAACUCUAUCGAAAGAAGUGAUAAGAAAAACAUCAUCCGCUUUGUCAUCGGGGUCAAGAACGUUGAUUUGACGAAACUCAAGUCCCUGGCAUCAGAGCCAAAAGAGAACAACACUUUCCUCAUCCAGGACUACAACGAACUAAAAGGAAUCCUAGACAACUUUCAAAAAAAGAUCUUCAACAUUGAAGGUUCCAAGACUGCUCUGGCUGGAAACUUGACUAAAGAAAUGUCUCAGAGUGGGUUCAGUGCUGUCUACGUUAACAAGGACACCUUGGUUCUGGGCUCAGUGGGAUCAAACAACUGGCGUGGAUCUCUCUUUGAGACUGAGGGUCUGAGAUCAGAGGAAAGGGAAAUUCAGGACCCCACAUUGGACAAAGAUUCCUAUAUGGGAUACUCUGUAGCUGUUGGGAAGAAGAAUGAGAACCUUCUAUAUUUUACCGGAGCACCAAGAUCUGAACACAUGGGACGGAUCCUGCUUUUUAACAAGGUUAACAACAACUGGACUGUGGCACAAAGCUUGCCUGGAGAACAGAUGGGCUCCUUCUUCGGUGCAGAGCUGUGUUCUGUGGACAUAGACUCAGACGGCAACACAGACUUCCUCCUGGUGGGUGCACCAAUGUUUCACCAACCUCCGAGAGAGGGCAGGAUCUACGUCUACACACUGACUGAUAAGCUGGAACUGAGGAUGGAGAUGAAUGUUUCAGUGCCAUCUCAGGGUAGAUUCGGCUCCUCCAUCUGCUCUCUCACAGACCUGAAUGGAGAUGGGCUGAAGGAUGUAGCUGUGGGCGCUCCACUUGAGGACGAUCACAGGGGGGCCGUGUACAUCUACCUGGGUGAAAAGCUAAAGGGGAUCCGCCCUGAAUUCAGCCAGCGCAUCUCAGCUGUGAUGAUGAGAUCUAAGCUCCAGUUCUUUGGCCAGACGAUUGAUGGGAAGAUGGACCUGGGUGAGGAUGGACUGACUGAUAUCGUAGUAGGAGCGCGUGGUACAGUUGUUGUCUUGAGGUCCAGACCGGUCCUCAGCGUCUCUGCUCAUCUCCACUUCCAUCCCGCAGAGAUCAGCACUGAUAACUUUGACUGUCUGGCAAAAGAGAUAAUUUCCCCCAUGGUCACGUUAACAGCCUGCUUUAACAUGGCAGAGGCAACAAAGAGUAAAGCUGAGGUGCUGAGUGCAGGGAUGAACGUCUCCUACUCGCUGGAUGUGGAUCCAGUGAGACAGAGGAGCCGAGCCUUUUACAGUGACACAAACAAAGGGGCCAGAAGACUUCUCUCUACAGUGGAGCUGAGAAAGGAGCGGACUUGCUUCAACCACUCAGUCUACAUGACACAAUGCGUGAUCGACACAUUAUCGCCCAUAAUCAUCCAAUUAGUUUUUUCUCAAUCUGAAAGCCAACAAGAGAGUCUUACUGCCAUUCUGAACACUGACAGUCCUACACAGGCUGUGGUCGAGGUGCCCUUUGAAAAGAACUGCAAAGAAAAUGAAACCUGUGUGGCAGAGCUUGAGGUGGACUUCAACUUUAUCACAUCAACUUUAUUAGUGGUGGACCAGAGUUACUUCAACGUGACUAUAAGACUGUCCAAUCACGGGGAUGACUCAUACAACACCAGUCUAACUCUCCUCUACCCUCCUGGCCUCUCAUUUUCCAUUAUGCAUCUUCUGAAGUCUACAAGGAGAACGGUGUUCAGCUGUGGUGGUCUGGAAGGUGAAAUGGACAGAACUACAUGCAGUGUGAGCCUCCCUGUCUACCGUAGUAAAACCACAGCAGUGUUCACCAGUAAAUUCCAUAUUUUGAAUACAUACGACUGGAACAACACAAUGGAGAUGACCGUCAUCGGCCUGAGUGACAACGGAAACUCAACCAAUAGUUCCCUUACCAGGACCAUCCCUGUUCAAUUUGCAGUUGACCUGGUAGCAAAAGCCCUUCCCCAAGACUCCACCACUUACAUGAACUUUACUCUGGAGGACACAUCACCUAAAAGACUGGUGAAUGUAUACGAGGUGCAGAACUUGGGAUUUAAGUCUGUACCAAUCACAGUCACCUUCACUUUCCCAACUAAGCUUGAGCACAGAUUUGAAAUGAAGGACUACCAAAUAUCUGUCUUACAGAACCAUACUCAAUGUGGAAAGAUUAUCAAUUCAACAACAGAGUACUGCUCUCCAGAAAAAUACUGCAAGUCCAUCGAGUGUGAAAGUUUCCUUUUGGAGAAGUUUUUGACAGUUACAUUUGUGCUGUCUGGAAAUGUUUCCUUCAAGGACCUCAAUCAACAUGCAAGGAACUUGUCAUUGCCAAAGAAAUUCACUGGGGAUAGAGAAACAGUCCAUUUCAUCAGUUUUGUCAAACUCAGCUAUGACAAAAAACGAUAUGUCCAGACAGCGAGUGACCCAAGGGAUAACUCUUCAAGCUUCCACCAAACACAGAUUGAUGUUCAGGCUGAGCUCAUCAUUCCUCCCCAUAAAAACCUGAUAAUAGGGACAGGAGUUGGAGUAGGACUCUUCCUCCUGAUCAUCAUCACAAUGGCCAUGUAUAUGAUGGGAUGCUUCCAGAGAAAAAGCCUUGAGAAUGAAGAGAAUGAAGGGGAAUAGAGUGAGCAAGAUGACACUGCAAAGGCUAACAAUGUCUAUGCUAACACUUUGGAGAAGCAGCCAUAGCCUGAGAGCAGAGCCAAAACCUCUCCUUGUUGACAUUCAGACAGUAAAAAAAUGGCUUCCACGCUUGCAAUGAGGGGGUAGGAGAGGGACCAAAAGAGAAACAGGAUGUGUCAGAUGCAGGCUAAAGGAGUAGUUGUCUAAGCCACAAAAUUUUUUAAACAAACUCAGGCCGAUUCAGACUUAGGAAAUGUACUUGGUAUUCAGACUUAUGUUGCUUCCUUAUGCACACUGAAUACAUGCAAUUCAACCGCCUAAAACCCUCCCACUUGUUGGCCAACAGAUUUUCUCAUGGAGUUUUCAUUCAAUAGGGUUUUCAGUACAUUUAUCUCAUGUACAUAUUAUCCAAUAUUCAAUAUAUUGAACUACUGAAUGGCAACUUUCAGUAUUAAUCAAACCAUUAUACUGAGAAGGGCCUACAUUUUCUAAGGGGCCCAACUCAGAUUUAGGAAAUGUAUGCCUUUUCUUAAGCAGUAGUUGGUAUUCAGACAACUUAUGCAGCUGUGCAAUGGGCUUUGCAGGCAUGGGUUUCCUUGGGCACAACGUAUACAUAUAAUUAAACAGCUGAAAACCCUCCCACUUGUUGGCCAACAGAUUUCAUUCAAUAGGGUUCAAUAUAUUGAUGUUAAGCCAUCCCUUUAAAUAGUGUGGCUUUAAUUUGAAUUUGUCGACAGGCUAGACAUAGAGAACGUGAUCAGAAUAUAUGGAUCAAUGAAAGAUAAAGAUGAAUAUGCAUAUAAUUAGAUGGCCGGUUCAGCACCAACCGGUAUAUUUAGGGACAUUUUUUGGGUUAGAAAAGUAUGAAUCAUAAAAAUAACACAGCUUUAGAGAGCCUUUGGGCACAAUAUAUAUUGAUGAAAGACAAAUUGUGGUUUGAUUCAAGCUGAAAGUUGUCUAAAGUGUACAAUAAAGUUUUGAACAAUAGUCCUACCCUAAUCAUGGAGCUGUAUGACAACGGUCCAGCCGCCGUGCACCAUGCUCCCGAAUUACUGCGCAACAUGUUGGCUUGGUGGGGGUGGAGGCCCCCCUUUUGUGUUUUCUUUUCUGUCAUUGUAAAUAAGAAUGUUCUUUACUGACUUGCCUAGUUAAAAAAUAUGUAUUGUGCUGGAUAUUAAUGCUUUGAGAUGAUCAAAAUUAUCAAUACUUUGUAGUUGUGUCUUUUGUAAUGUCUUCAUGGUGGCAGCCCAGGUGCAAUGUACGAAAUGGUGAAUUGAAAAUGUAAAAAAAUGUAAACCAUUAAAAAUGUAUUUAUACCCUU